AUGCUUCUGAAGAGAGCACUGCGUGGACUGGAGCUGGAGCUACGUAAUGAUGCAGCAACGUGUGAGUCACGCUCCCAGUUCGGCAACCGCCUGAUUAACCGGCUUACUCGAAAAACAUUUAAUGGGUCAACAGGCUCGAUUGCUCUGAACAGUAAUGGAAAACGAGUGAACUACUCAGUUAUUGUGCUGCAUCGCAAUAAGAAAGGCUUCGAAAAAUUGGGUGAAUGGCACAGCGCGACCGAAGAACUCGCAUUACUGAAACCAUCUGAGAAGGAAUCACCAAAUGAUGACACUCUGGAGAACAGGACGUUACGUAUUGCUGUUUACGUGGUUCGCAUUUUUUAA